AUGGAUGACAGUAAUGCCCGUCUCCGCGGCUCGUCUAGUCGGAGUGGUGGCAGGAGCCCUGGCCCUGGCUCCGAGGGUCCCUCACAGGCGCCAGCAGCUUCGUCCUCCGGAGGCCCUUCCCCUUCCGUGACGCCGACUGCGGCCGGUCCCGGAGCCCCUCUCAUCUACAACGGGCCUGUGUCUGAGUGGCCUCGGCCGUUGCCUGCUUGGCUUAACCGUGCUUGUGCCAAGCACAUUGUCAAGGGCAACUUUAUGACUCUCAGCACGAGGCCCAAGACCGUCGACCAGGGGGAGUGGAUAGGUCACCAGGUUAUCGAGCACUAUCGUGUCCUGUGGAACUUUGUGCGUGUGGUUCUUGAAAAGGAGGAUGAUGGCUCGACCAUCUGCAACCGGUCCGGCUGUCCCAAGAUGUCUGCUGGAAGCUACCACUCGUACACGUGGCUCAACAGCCGCCACGAGCCCAUCGAGCUCCCCGCGUACGAGUACAUGACGCUGAUGCAGCGGUGGAUCUCGGGCAAGAUUGACGACACCGCCAUAUUCCCGACCGACCCUGCCUCCGUGUCCAACGCUCCCAUGCCCGGGGCUGGCACCGAGGCCACCAACGGAGACUCGGAGGACUGGAUCGGCCGUCGCAGCGGCUUCCCUCGCGAAUUCGUGGGCAUCUGCCGCACCAUCUUCCUGCAGAUGUUUCGCGUCUACGCCCACCUGUACUGGGAUCACUUCCUCGAACCUUUCUACCGCCUCAACCUCGAGAAGCAGCUCAACAGCUGCUUCAGCCACUUCAUCCUCACCUCCACCCAGCUCGACCUGCUACUUCCCGAGGACAUUGAGCCCAUGAGGCCCCUCAUCAAUCUUUGGGCCGCCGACGGCACCCUACCCCCCGAGUCCAAGGCCUACAGCUACGCCGACCUCGCCCAGGGUCAAGAGAUUAUGGACCUGAGCCCGCCUGUCUAG